GUGUGUGUGAUCAGAAUAAUCCGUGUAACCCUUUAGUGGCCGUGGAGGCUCCAGCUCCUCCAUCUGCUGCAGUGACUUGUUUAUUUCUAGGAUUUCUCUGAACAGGAUCGAGUCUCCUUUAAAUAUCUCCGGUGUUUUAUGCAUGAGACGGAUGUGAGCGCAGAUGUUUACAGCUAAACGCCCAUAUUCGACGUUUAUCUGCACAUGGCAGCGGCCGGUGCUGAUGAGAGACUCCGCGGAUCCCGGAUCUUCAUCAUCAUCAUCAGCAUCUGAAACGAUGCAGCUCACUUCCAUCAUGUUCCUUCUCCGUGUGUGAAUCGCAGUGUUUUCUGGGCUGAGAUGGUUCGGGUCGUCAGUGUUCUGGGUCUGGUGAUGUUCAGCGUCGCUUUGCUCAUUUUGUCAUUGAUCAGUUACGUGUCCAUCAAGAAAGACUUCAUCUUCACCGGCCCGAAAUACGCCAACGGCGGCGGUCCGCGGAUGUACAUGUUUCACGCGGGGUUUCGGUCCCAACUUGCAAUGAAGUUCCUGGAUCCUGCGUUCACGUCCCUGAAUAAUGCCCUCAACGAGAACAUACAGGAGUCCAGCAACUGGAGGUUUAACAAGAGCGCUUAUUUAGAGCAAAGUAAAGAGAUCGGUCAGUACAUUGACGUCCCGCACAACUUCACCCUGACCAAGAGCAGUGUUCGUGUGGGUCAGUUAAUGCACUACGACUACUCCAGUCACAAAUACGUGUUCUCCAUCGGCGAGAACCUCAGGUCUUUGCUUCCGGACUCGUCCCCGGUCCUCAACAAGCGCUACAACACCUGCGCUGUGGUGGGAAACAGUGGGAUCCUCACCGGAAGCCGCUGUGGCCCCGAAAUCGACAAGUAUGACUUUGUUUUCCGCUGCAACUUCGCGCCCACCGAGGUCUUCCGUCGAGACGUGGGCCGUCGGACCAACCUCACCACCUUCAACCCCAGUAUUCUGGAGAAAUACUACAACAACCUGCUGACCAUCCAGGACAGGAACAAUUUCUUCUUGAGUCUGAAGAAGCUGGACGGCGCGAUCCUGUGGAUCCCAGCCUUUUUCUUCCACACGUCGGCCACUGUCACACGCACACUCGUAGAUUUCUUCGUAGAGCACAAGGGGCAGCUGAAAGUGCAGCUAGCCUGGCCGGGAAACAUUAUGCAGUAUGUGAACAGGUACUGGAAAACGAAGGCUCUGUCUCCGAAGCGUCUGAGCACGGGGAUCCUCAUGUUCACGCUGGCCUCGUCCCUGUGUGAUCAGGUGCACCUGUACGGGUUCUGGCCCUUCGGCUGGGACCCCAACACCGGGAAGGAGCUGCCGUACCAUUACUACGACAAGAAGGGCACCAAGUUCACCACUAAGUGGCAGGAGUCGCACCAGCUGCCCACCGAGUUCAAACUGCUCUUCAAGAUGCACGCGGACGGCGUCCUGAAACUCAGCCUCUCCCACUGCGCCUAGAGGUCAAAGGUCAGGGUCAAAGGGUCAGCGGUCAGGACUCAGGGUCGUUUGGUCUGACUAAUGGACGUUUGUGGUGAUUCGAGGUUUUAUUUCUGCCAACUAUCGACAUCAAGCUCAGAUCAGUGUCAGUGAUGAUCAGG